AUGUUUAUGAAGCUUGCUUUCCACGUUGCAAACUUGCCGAUCAUGAGAAUACUUGGAGAAUGUUGGGUCAAUUGUGAUGUGAAUAUGGAGGUGCCUUCAUACCGACAAAUUAAUACAAGCGACAUCGAGGAUAUUAUACGAUCUCUGGCAUUCGAUAUGGUGGAUAUGGACAUGGGUGGAGGAGUUUUGCUUUUCGUCACUAUUCCAGAACCUGAUAAGUUUCAAUGGCCCUCUUUCGGAUCUCACAAUUCGAUUUCAGCAGUUCGCAACCUACAAUCACAAUCCAAAUUUCUCGAGAAUUCAGUCCAGAUAUUUCUUGAGCAUUAA